AUGAAGGAAGCGACGGUCUCGCGACUCGCAAACCCUAGCUCGCGAGCAGAGGGCCACAAAACCACACCCCUCUCCCUCCCCGCCGCCACUUGCCGCAACUCCUCCACCAGAAAGGGAAGGGAAGCACGCCGGAGCCCCAUCUCCCCGGCCGUCAAAAUGGUGAACGUUCCGAAGACCAAGAAGACCUACUGCAAAAACAAGGAGUGCAAGAAGCACACACUUCACAAGGUCACUCAGUACAAGAAGGGCAAGGACAGUCUAUCUGCCCAGGGAAAGCGUCGUUAUGACAGGAAGCAGUCGGGAUAUGGUGGUCAGACCAAGCCUGUUUUCCACAAGAAGGCAAAAACCACCAAGAAGAUUGUGCUGAAGCUGCAAUGCCAGAGCUGCAAGCACUACUCCCAGCGUGCCAUCAAGAGGUGCAAGCAUUUUGAGAUCGGCGGAGACAAGAAGGGCAAGGGGACAUCUCUUUUCUAG